AUGCAAGUGAGCAAGAGCAUCAAUGUGGAGCUCUGCCCCCAGGCCCCAGAUGAUGGCACAUCCAUGAAAGACGAAGCUCAGCCCUGCUUGAAGUCUUUCUGCGGAAUUCCCACUGAGCUCAGCUGCAGUAGUGAAACAGCCGUCACAGUAGGCCGAGGCGCGGCGGCCGCCGUCGGCCCGCCCCCGCCGCGCAACCCCGGCGACUGGCGCGAUCGCAACAGCCGCGACCUCCAGCUCGGCGCCGGCCCCCUCCAGCCCCAGCGCAACCUCGAAGGCCCUGCACGUCGCGGCCGGGGCCUCAGGCAGCCGGUCCGCGGGCUGUUUGGCCGGCGACCCCACAGCCUCGGCUGCCCCGCCCCCACGGGCCGCGUCCCCGCCGCAGCGUCGGGGGCGCGCCCCGGGCUCCGCGCCGCGGAGGUCGCCGCGGGAGCCACGAAGUGA